CUCUCCUCUACUGCACUCUAGGGUUUUAGCUUUAGAUUUUUUGCCGGCAUAUUCGUCUGUUGUGCAACUCCCCAGUCGAAAAUGGUGAAGGGACGCCAAGGAGAGCGUGUAAGACUCUAUGUUAGAGGAACCGUUCUUGGUUACAAAAGGUCGAAGUCGAAUCAGUAUCCAAGCACGUCAUUGAUUCAGAUCGAGGGAGUAAACACUAAGGAGGAAGUUGAUUGGUAUUUAGGAAAGCGUAUGGCUUAUAUUUACAAGGCCAAAACAAAGAAGAAUAAUUCACAUUAUCGUUGUAUUUGGGGUAAAGUUUGUAGGCCACAUGGUAACAGUGGUGUUGUUAGAGCUAAAUUCAAGUCCAAUCUGCCACCUAAAUCCAUGGGAGCUAAGGUUAGAGUUUUCAUGUACCCAAGCAACAUAUAAGCAAGGUAUUGUGUCGGUGCUUGCUUUGGAGGCGUUACGUCUAUCUGAUCAAGGUCAUUUAGUGAUCAAGGACUUGAAUCUUUUUUAAGUAAUUGGACAUACAUUGUUAAGUUUAUCAUUUCCUGAGAAAUACCAAGGAGUGAACAUCUGAUUAGAUGUCUAAUUUUGUUCUUGGAGUUUCUAUGUGCGACUAUUUGGUAUUCAUUGCCCUGAAAAUCUUGAUAUUUCUAAAAUGUGUUAUUGUUUGCUUGUCUCAAA